AUGGGUAAUGAAUUGACAAUCAAAAGUAAUUCUGGUAAAUUUAAUGAGCGCAAUAAACUAGUACUGGCUGAACUUACUGGAUGUGGUGCCACCACUAUACUAUAUAAGCUAAAACAGGGCCCAUAUAAUCAACAGUUGAUUUUACCCUAUUCCACCAUUGGAUGCGAUUUCGGACAUGUUGAAUAUAAAAACACCAAUACUAACAGGAGAGGUAUGGGUGCGGCCAGAGAGAGACUUUGGUCAAUAGUGAUCGCUGAUGGGCUCCGGGAUGCUGUGAUACUGGUAUUGGCUAACAAACAGGAUUUACCGGAUGCUAUGACAGUGCAAGAGGUUUCAGAGUGCCUGGAUCUUAAUAAACUUAUUACAAAUGAGUGGCACAUUCAGGGUACAUGUGCUCUGACCGGGGAGGGGUUGUAUGAGGGUCUAAGUGCAACUACCAUAUUUUAUAAACUAAAACAGGGACCACAUAUUCAACAACCCAUUAAAACUCCGCCAACGAUUGGGUUAGAUUUUGAACAUGUUGAAUAUAAUAACGUAGGUUUUAUUAUAUUUGACCUUGGUGGUGGCCUGGGUGGUAUGAUUAAUAGGCUGGAUCACUGUAAAAGGUAUUUUACCGGCGCAAUUGGACUGAUGCUUGUGGUGGACAGUAGUAGCCGGGAAAGUAUGGGUGCCGCUCGAGAGAGACCUUGGUCAAUACUGACCGCUGAGGAGCUCCGGGAUGCUGUGGUACUGGUGUUGGCCAACAAACAAGAUUUACCGGAUGUUAUGACAGUGCAUGAGGUAUCAGAGUGUCUGUAUCUUGAUAAACUUACUACACACAUGUGGCAUAUUCAGGGUACAUGUGCUCUGACCGGUGAGGGCUUAUAUGAGGGACUUGACUGGAUAAUUGAUACCUGUGCUCAUUCUAAUAAGCAAGAUUAA